AAUGGGAUUACAGCAUUGCGACUGUGGAGCUGAAAUUUGUAUACUUUACUGAGUCAUGGAACAUUCUGAAGCAAAUGAUCACAGUUACAUCAUAAAAUUUAACGACCGUUGCAUGAAUCAAUGAUUUUAUCAGCUUAGCGCAAAUUUGCUAUGUCCAAUUAGCUUUGAACCGAGGCCGUUGUUCGAUGAAUAUUUUCCGGAAGGGAUAACAAGUUGAAUGUUUUUAUGAAAAAAUUCUCUUCAAAUAUACGUGGGAGUCUGUCGAAAGUUACGUAAUUUUCUUUAAUUUUAUUGAUGGACAAAGCGGGUUGUCAACGCGACGACACCUUCAAAAUCGUCUCCUUUCGAAAUUCAAAUUUUCUUACACUGAAAUCAUUUAUUUAUUUAUUUAACGCUCAACGGUGAAUGUGUGCUUGUGUUCACGAGUGUAUGACCAAGCAAAUUUGCGACAAUCAAUCUCUUUUAGAAUCUAUUAAUAGGGCUCAAUAAAAAUUCGAAUGAACGAUCUCCAAAUGAAAAAAAGGAGAAAAAUUAUUGCCAAGAUAAAUCGACUGUGCUAUCACAGAGGAGCGAUAAUAUUGACGUUACUAAUUGAUGCCGUAAUAUCCGCAAUGAGCAAGGUGCUAGGUGGGGUGUACGUUGUUCAACCGACUAUAAUCCAGGAAAGACAAUCAACGACUCAGUCAAUCUCCAAACAUCGUUACGAUCGCCUCGUUCGUUGCGUAUCGCAUCGCAAUUUAAGGGACAUAAUUCACUAACGAAAUUACCAGCUAAAGAAUAUUCUGCUUUUUCCAUCGAAGAAUUUGCCAAUUAAGCCACUAAGAACAUGGCAUUUGUCCAAUUUUACAAUGGAAAUAAAGUGCCCAGUCUUGGCCUGGGCACGUACAACUCAAAAUCGGGGGAAGUGGAGCAAGCCGUCAAAGACGCGAUCAAUGUUGGCUACAGACACAUCGAUUGUUCACCGGCUUAUGGUAAUGAGAGGGAAAUUGGUGGAGCACUGGUAGGGAUAUUUGAAAGAGGUGUAGUUGAACGUUCAGAUAUCUUCAUUACGAGUAAGCUUUGGAACACGAAACAUCGACCGGAACUCGUUGAGCCUGCUUUAAUGGGCACUCUCAAAGAUCUCGCAUUAGAUUAUCUCGAUCUGUACCUGAUGCAUUGGCCGUUCGCAUUCAAAGAGAGUGAAGAAGUAUAUCCUGCUGACAAAAGCGGUGAAAUUGAAACGAGCGACAUUGACUAUGUCGACACUUGGAAAGCGAUGGAGUCUCUCGUCGACAAGGGCUUGGUCAAAAACAUUGGCAUCAGUAAUUUUAAUUCGAAACAGAUCGAUCGACUUCUCGCUAAUUGCAGAAUCAAACCGGUUACCAAUCAAGUUGAAUGUCACCCCUAUUUGGCCCAAAUAGGAUUAUCAGAGUUCUGUGCAUCAAGAGGAAUAACGAUAACGGCUUUCAGUCCUCUUAGCUCACCGUAUAAACCUCGGACCCAUCCGGAAGAUGCUUUGCUUCUAGAAGAUCGUAAAAUUAAAUCGAUCGCAUCGAAGUACAAAAAAACACCUGCCCAGGUCGUCCUACGUUAUCAGCUCGAACGAGGCCACAUCGUGAUACCGAAAUCUGUCUCAAAAAAUCGAGUUCAAGAGAACUUCGACAUCUUAGAUUUCAAACUUUCACCAGAGGAUGUACAGCAAAUUAAUAGCCUUGACUGCAACCGGAGGACUGGCAACUGGUCGAAAUUCAAAAACGUGGCUGCACACAAGUACUAUCCAUUUGGAAAGGACGUUGAAUUCUGAAGUUUUUGAAUCAAGUGAGGAACCGUCGUUCUAAAGCACUCGGUGAAUUUUCCAGAUCGAUAGAAUUAAACCAAAGCAAUCGCUGACUCAACAUUUUUAUUCUUUUAUCUUCUAUGUAUUACUCCUUUCUGAUUAAUAAAUGUUGAA